UAUUUCUCUCACAUCAGCUCUACAAACUAUUACAGAAUGUUCUCAUUGACAAGGUUAUUUCUCUGCUGUCUGCUGGGAAGUGCUUCCCUAGUGUAUGGACAGACUCCGUUUCGACUAGCAUCCCCCACUGAGCCCCCUGACACUGAUCACACUGGAGAGAUCAUCUCAUUCUCUGAUGUUGGAUCAGGACGUGGUACUGAUCUACGAGCCUGGUAUUGCUACACCGGCCCUGGUGGUGUAGUGUGGCAGGGUCCUGGUGGGAGUACAUUGCCCAUAGUUUACAACAGGGAUGCAGUUGGGGAGGAAAUGUUCAUCAGUGGUGUUGAUCAUACUGCCGUUGCUCUGCAUCGUGGUCCCAUGCACUACAGUCCUGAUGGACAACACUGCUGUGUGAAGUCUACCCAGAGGAGAUGUGUUACCUUCACUCCCUGCCCCACACUGAGUCCCCUGUCUAAUGGAAUGAUUUCAUACGAUGCAACCACCAACAUGGCCACCUACACCUGUAACACUGCUGGUUACGCACCAACCAUCACCAUGGCCAGUGGAUCAGUUCUGCAGAUAACUUGUAUGAGUGAUGUUGUGUAUUGUGGCUCCCCACCCACCAUUGCCAAUGGCUCUCCUGGAGUACCAAUUGCAACCCCUGACGCAACCUCCUACAAAGGGACAGUGACCUACACCUGUGACACUGGGUAUGAAGUCGUCGCCACAGCAAUGGCCACAUGUAUGGCUAAUAGAAUGUGGGGACCUCCACCAACUUGUCAGCCUGUAAAUUGUGGGACACCUCCCUCUGGUACCAAUGCAUCUCCUGGAACACCCUCACCUGACACAACUCUCGGAGAGAAUGUGACCUACACCUGUGUCAGUGGGUAUGAGGUCUCCACUGGAGUCAUCACAGCAACAGCUACCUGUAUGGCUAGUGGGGUGUGGGGACCUCUACCAACUUGUUCACCUGUUGACUGUGGCUCCCUGGACGCCCCCUCCAAUGGAGCAGUGAACACAUCCUCUGGAACCACCUUCAUGAUGACUGCUACCUACACCUGUGACACUGGAUACAACAUUGUUAGAUCAGACACUCGGACUUGUGGGGCUGAUACAAUAUGGACUCCAGAGGCCCCCACAUGUGCACCUGUUGACUGUGGUUCCCUCACUGUUCCUAACGGGCAAGUUAGUACAUCCUCUGGAACCACCUUCAUGAAUGCUGCCAUCUACACUUGUGAUGAUGGCUACACUCUCAAUGGAGCAUCAGAUAGAACCUAUCAAGCUAAUAGAACCUGGAGCCUAACAGCACCUACCUGUGAUCCUGUUGACUGUGGUCCCCUAAAUAACUCUACCAAUGGACUAGUCAGUACAUCCUCUGGAACCACCUUCAUGAUGACUGCUACCUACACCUGUAACACUGGAUACAACAUUGUUGGUAGUGAGAGCAGAACUUGUGGAGCAAGUGGAACAAGUGGAGUAUGGUUAGGAGAAGCUCCACUAUUGAUUCCUUUGAGCAGAGGAUCGAGUGCCAUUGUUAACAACUCUGCCUUAUCACUGGCGACCAUUGGAGAGGGUUCCUCUGCCCUCAUCUGUCAUACUGAGCUCACCACCUGCUGCAGAGGAGAGGACAACAAUGGCGGUGAUGCUCUCGGAGGGUGGAGAGGACCAAAUGGUGGCAGCAUUCCCGACUCAAACACCGAUGGUUUCUACGUGUCGCGAGGUAUGAGCUCCAUUAGUCUGAACUAUGCUAAGUGA